AUGGACCCUGGGCAGAGUCCUCCACCGUAUACCGACGAGAACCGGGCAGGAUUGCUCAUCGGCAUUUCAGCAGCAUUUGUCUCGGCAGCUUUCAUUCUGGUUGUGUUGCGUGUAUACGUCCGAGCAGCGGUGAUCAAGAAAUGGGGUCCCGAUGACACCCUUGUCGUCAUAUCGUUCGUUUUGGUGAUGCUUACUGGCGCAAUAUUCUCAAUCUGCACGAGAUAUGGCCUCUCUUAUCAUGUGUGGACAAUUCCUGUGUCAGUGCAGCAAGCUGGACGAAGAUUGACGAUAAUCGCUACCCUUUGCUAUCAUUGUACCUUCAUUACGAUCAAGAUGGCUUUCCUCCUGCAGUUUCGUAGGGUCUUUACAGUUCCGAAGUUUCGACUGAUCUGCGACAUAAUAUUUGUGUUCAUCUGCUGUUUCGGCACGGCGGUUAUCGUAUCAUCCAUUAUCAUGGCGGUCCCAACAUGGAAUGGGGAUACUUUCGCAGCCGAAAGAUACGAUCAGGGCACAUGGUGGUUAGCUACGUCGGUUGUCCAUCUCAUCACAGACAUCGUCAUCUUCCUGCUGCCCCUACCACUGUUGCGGAAGCUCAAGCUCAAAAGAAUGCUCAAGGUCGCCUUGAUGGUCAGCUUCGGGCUAGGCUUUGUAACCACAGUCAUCUCAAUCAUCAGAAUAACCACGCUAGGGCAUACCUUCACGCGGGAUGUCACGUACGACGUGAUCCCGGCUCUGGUAUGGUCUGAAAUCGAGCUGUGCUGCGCGGUCAUGUGUGCAUGCAUUCCGACUCUGCGACCUCUUCUUCGUGUUAUCACUGGACAUGGAGACAGCCGGAAGGAAUGGUCCGGGCCCAAUUCAUACGAAGGCGAAAAUUCGCGUCUCACGCGGAAACCCCUCAAAGCAAUUACCACAGUCUCGAGCGAGCAAAGCAUUGUGAGCCCAGGGUUGUUUGGGGCAGAGCCAAAGACGCCAACGCUUGAUCACCGCCCGGACGGCGCCCUUGUGAUCCGGACGGCAAUUAGCCCCGCAUUGACGGCGACCGCGGGGGAUUCGGAUGACGGCUCCGACGUGUUCGGGCCGGUGGACGAAGAAGUUGCGACGCCGUUGAGUCCGCCACCCAAGGCGUAUUCCAGCCCAACGAGGUCGCGGUUCCCCUCGCUUCCCGUGACGCCCGAGGAUGAGGAGUCAUGUCGAUGA